AUGAUGCUGAAUAACAAUGUGACUGAGUUCAUUCUGCUUGGAUUGACACAGGACCCUGUUAGGAAGACCGUAGUUUUUGCCUUUUUCUUACUUUUUUAUAUGGGGACGUUACUGGGCAACCUGCUGAUUAUUGUUACCAUCAAGACCAGCCAGGCACUGGAGAGUCCAAUGUACUUCUUCCUGUUUUACUUAUCCUUGUCUGACACCUGCUUCUCUACUUCAAUAGCCCCUAGAACAGUCGUGGAUGCCCUAAGGAAGCAGGCCACUAUCUCUUUCACUGAGUGUGUAAUCCAAGUCUUCUCGUUGCAUUUCUUUGGCUGCUUAGAAAUCUUUAUCCUCAUCCUCAUGGCUGUCGAUCGCUAUGUGGCCAUCUGUAAACCCCUGCACUACAUGACCAUCAUGAACCGUCGGGUCUGUGGUGUGCUGGUAUUGGUGGCCUGGGUGGGAUCCUGUGUCCAUUCUUUAGUUCAGAUUUUUCUGGCUUUGAGUUUGCCUUUCUGUGGUCCCAAUGAGAUUGAUCACUACUUCUGUGACCUGCAGCCCUUGUUGAAACUUGCAUGUUCAGACACCUACGUGAUCAACCUGCUCCUGGUGUCCAAUAGUGGGGCCAUUUGUACAGUGAGUUUUGUCAUGCUGAUGGCUUCCUAUGUGGUAAUCCUGUAUUUUCUGAGAAACCACAGUGCUGACGGGAGGAGGAAAGCCCUCUCCACUUGUGUCUCCCACAUCAUGGUCGUCAUCUUGUUCUUUGUACCUUGCAUAUUCAUAUACACACGCCCUGCAACCACCUUUCCCAUGGAUAAGAUGAUAUCAGUGUUUUAUACAAUUGGAACACCUCUGUUCAACCCUCUGAUUUACACACUGAGGAAUGCAGAGGUGAAAAAUGCCAUGAGAAAGCUGUGGAGCAAGAAAUUAAUCUCAGAUGACAUUUGA